CCUACCAAACACACAACACAUACCCCAACCUCCUUUUUGGAACAAAACCAUUCUCUAGGGUUUUCACAGAACUCUUUUUUCAUAAUAAUAAUCCCCCAUUUCUUGAUUAUCCUUAUGCACAACAUAAUCGUGUUAUGCAUUUACUUCAUCUAAUUUGGAUUGUUAAAGCGGGAUUUUGAGGUGGUUUUGUUUCAAUUUUGCACUUCUCCGAUGCAAUUGAUGUAAUGACACAUCAUCUUCAACGAUUUGGCAAUGGUGAGGCAUAUCUGCUCGAGAAGCGUAAUGUUUUGGUUCUUGGUGGUGGUAUCGAUAACCACCUUGUUCAGUUCGGGAUUGGGUUUGGAUGAUUUGGAAGGUUAUGAUAGUGAUUUGGGAGGGAAGUUUAUAAACCUGUUUCAUCAAGACUACUCGCCGCCGGCUCCGCCGCCACCACCGCCGCACCCACCGUCGGCAUCAUGUGAGUUUGAUCUUGGCGGGGUUGGGUCGUUAGAUACUACUUGUGAGGUAGUUACUAGUUUGAAUUUAACUCAGAAUAUGUAUAUAGCAGGGAAGGGAAAUUUUUUCAUCCUCCCCAAUGUGACUGUGAGUUGUACGGUUUUCCCAGGGUGCGAAAUUGGUAUAAAUGUUACAGGUGACUUUAGUUUAGGUGAAAACGCACGAAUUAUCGCCGGAACGUUUGAGCUCGAGGCUGGGAAUGCAAGUUUUGCGGAAGGCUCCCUUGUGAACACCACUGCUUUAGCUGGUAAUCCCCCGGAGCAAACUAGUGGGACACCUCAUGGGAUUGACGGAGCUGGUGGUGGUUAUGGUGGAAGAGGUGCCGCUUGUUUAUUAAAUGAAAAAAAGCUUCCGGAUGAUGUUUGGGGAGGCGAUGCAUAUUCAUGGUCGACCUUACAGAAGCCAUGGAGCUACGGAAGUAAAGGUGGGACUACGAGUCUGGAUGUGGAUUAUGGUGGUGGUGGUGGUGGGAGGAUAAAACUUGUGGUUAAGAGUCUUCUUGAGAUGAAUGGUAGUUUAUUAGCUGAAGGUGGAGAUGGUGGUACCCAGGGUGGAGGUGGUUCAGGUGGCAGCAUCUACCUCAAGGCUUAUAAGAUGACUGGAAAUGGUUAUAUAAGUGGUUCUGGAGGUGAUGGUUUUGGUGGUGGAGGUGGAGGAAGAAUUUCUACAGACAUUUUUAGCAGACAUGAAGAACCUAAAAUCAUUGUCCAUGGUGGUAAUAGUCUAGGAUGCCCUUCAAACGCAGGUGCUGCAGGCACUUUUUAUGAUGCUGUAACACGUAGCCUUACAGUUGAUAAUUUCAACAUGACAACUGACACUGACACACUUCUAAUGGAGGUUCCAUAUCAGCCUCUUAUGACAAAUAUUUUUAUUCGAAGUUUUGCUAAGGUUUCUGUUCCCUUGCUAUGGAGUCGUGUCCAGGUUCAAGGCCAAAUUAGUGUCCUGGAUGGAGGUAUCUUGAGUUUUGGGUUAGCUCAUUAUGCUUUAUCAGAAUUUGAGGUUCUUGCAGAAGAGCUUCUAAUGAGUGAUUCUGUAAUCAAGGUUUAUGGUGCUCUACGUAUGACUGUAAAGAUGUUCUUGAUGUGGAAUUCACAAUUGCUUAUUGAUGUUGAAGGUGACCAGAAUGUGCAGAAUUCAUUUCUUGAGGGUAGCAAUCUUAUUGUUCUCAAGGAAUCUUCUACCAUACGUUCAAAUGCUAAUCUUGGGGUACAUGGCCAAGGUUUAUUAAACUUGUCAGGCCCAGGUGACUGUAUUGAAGCACAACGUUUGGUUCUGUCCCUGUUUUAUAGUGUCAAUGUGGGCCCCGGAUCAGUCUUACGCGGGCCCUUGGAAAAUGUUACAGCUAAUGCUGUGACACCGAAGCCGAUUUGUGACUCUCAAGAAUGUCCAUAUGAGUUGCUGAAUCCACCUGAUGACUGCAAUGUCAAUGCUUCUUUGUCCUUUACUCUUCAGUUAUGUCGUGUUGAAGAUAUCCUGGUUGAAGGCCUUAUAAAAGGGUCUGUUGUGAACUUCCAUAGGGCAAGAACUGUUACAGUUGAAUCUAGUGGGACAAUUAGCACCUCAAAGAUGGGUUGCAAAGGUGGUAUUGGGAGGGGGAAAGUGUUGAAUGUCGGAAUUGGGAGUGGGGGUGGUUAUGGUGGUUAUGGUGGGUAUGGUUGUUAUAAUGACACCUGCAUUGAUGGUGGUAGGCCAUAUGGGGAUGCUGAUUUGCCUUGUUGGAUGGGUAGUGGUGGCGGGAAUGAUGUCAUCAGCGGGUCAACAGCUGGUGGUGGUGUUCUCGUGAUCGGUUCUUCAGCUAAUCCGUUGCCAAGUUUGUAUGUUAAUGGUGUAGUAGGAUCUGAUGGAGGAAGUUAUGAAGAAAACAUUUUCAAGAAAUACGAUUGGAUAGGAGGAUCAGAUUCAGGGGGAGGAUCAGGAGGAACGAUUCUUGUGUUCUUGAAUGAUCUGUUUGUUGAUGAGUCUGGAGUUGUUACAAGUGAUGGAGGUGAAGGUAGUCCAAACGGGAGUGGUGGUGGUGGUGGUGGAAGGAUUCAUUUUCAUUGGUCACACAUACCAACCGGAGAUGUAUAUCAACCUGUUGCUAACAUCAAAGGAAGCAUCUCCACUCGAGGUGGAUUGAGUGGAAAUGAAGUUGGUGCUGGAGGAAUUGGAACAGUCACUGGAAAAUCUUGUCCAAAAGGGCUUUUUGGUACUUUCUGCGAGGAAUGCCCUGUUGGCACUUAUAAGAAUGUUACAGGAUCUGAUAAGGAGUUAUGUUUGGAGUGCCCUGCUAAUGAGCUUCCCCAUCGUGCAUUCUAUAUAUAUGUCCGAGGUGGUUCUGCUGAAACUCCAUGUCCUUACAAAUGCAUUUCAGACAAAUACCACAUGCCAAAUUGUUACACUGCUCUUGAAGAACUAAUGGAGACAUUUGGUGGGCCAUGGGUAUUCAGCCUUCUUCUUUUGGGUCUUCUUAUCCUGUUGGCACUUGUGCUUAGUGUUGCAAGAAUGAAAUUCAUGGGGUUUGAUGACUCACCAGGCCAUGCACCAACUCAACAAGGAUCUCAGAUGGAUCACUCCUUUCCUUUCUUGGAAUCGCUCAAUGAGGUUUUGGAAACAAACAGAGUGGAGGAGUCUCAAGGGCAUGUGCAUAGGAUGUACUUUAUGGGAGGAAACACUUUCAGGGAACCAUGGCAUCUUCCUCAUACACCUCCUAAACAAGUGAUGGAUAUUGUGUAUGAGGGUGCAUUUAAUAGAUUUGUUGAAGAUAUUAAUGCUUUAGCCACGUAUCCAUGGUGGGAGGGAUCAAUAUACCGUAUUCUUUUUUUCCUUGCUUACCCUCUUGCAUGGUCAUGGCAACAAUGGAGGCAAAAAUUAAAGCUACAGAGACUGCGUGAGUUUGUUAGGUCUGAAUACGACCAUGCAUGCUUACGUUCAUGUCGAUCACGUGCUCUCUAUGAAGGUCUUAAGGUGGCUGCAACAUCUGAUUUGAUGCUAGCUUAUGUGGACUUUUUUCUUGGUGGUGAUGAAAAAAGAAGCGAUCUUCCUCCACACCUUCAUCAAAGAUUCCCGUUGUCUCUUUUAUUUGGAGGUGAUGGAAGUUACAUGGCUCCGUUUUCACUUCACAGUGACAAUGUCAUUACAAGUCUCAUGAAUCAGUGUAUUCCUCCUACUAGUUGGUAUCGAUUUGUGGCUGGUUUAAACGCACAAUUACGGUUGGUGCGUAGCGGUCGACUCAAAGUAACAUUUCGGGCGGUUGUGAUAUGGAUUGAAACUUGCGUGAAUCCAACUUUUGGGGUUUAUGGUGUACGCGUUGACCUUGCUUCGUUUAAAGCUACAAGUGGUGACAGUUUUCAAUAUGGGCUUGUGGUAUCCGCUGUACAGGCCCAGGACCAACCCCAACUGGAUCAUAGUCAUAUCGAAGAAGAUGAAGAUUCAGAAAUGAAGGUGGAUGAUAAUAAGAAACAGACCAAGAGUUACGGUAGGGUUUUAGACAUCAACAGUUUGAAAACACUCGAGGAAAAGAGGGAUGUAUUGUUUCCACUCUCCUUUAUUAUAUACAACACCAAACCUGUUGGCCACCAGGAUGUAGUGGGAUUGGUGAUAUCGGUGAUACUGCUAGGAGACUUUAGUCUGGUUUUGCUUACAUUGCUUCAGUUAUUUUCAUAUUCAUUAACAAACGUGUUAUUGGUUGUAAUGAUUUUGCCACUUGGGAUUUUGCUUCCUUUUCCUGCUGGCAUCAAUGCUCUGUUUAGUCAAGGCCCCAGGCGAUCUGCUGGGCUGGCCCGUAUAUAUGCUCUCUGGAACAUAACAUCCUUGGUCAACGUCGUGGUUGCUUUUAUCUGUGGUUAUGCUCAUUAUAUGAAUCAGUCCGCUAAAACCCCUUCAGAUGUUCACCCGUGGACCAUGGAGGAAAGCGAGUGGUGGAUAUUUCCGGUUGCAUUAGUAUUGUGUAAAUGGAUUCAGUCGCUGUUUAUAAAUUGGCAUAUUGCAAAUUUGGAGAUUCAAGAUCGCUCUUUAUAUAGUGCUGACAUGGCAGGCUUUUGGCAAACAUCAUGAUAGACUAGUCACUAGACAAAAGUGUUGAUUAUCAACAUUUUCAUUUUUUGUUUUUGUUUUUUGUUUUGGGGUAUUGGUUUUCUAUUCGUUGUAGGGUGGGUAGGUAGGUAGGUGGGCCAUGGCAUAAUAGAUAAAAUUGGAAUUUAGGUAGAGGCAGGGUAAAACAAGGCUGGGAGUUUAUCCUUUUGUUGUAUAUAAAUAAUGAUAUAUCAUAUGCCAAUACAAUACGGUUUUGGAUUUU